GGACAAACGCUAAGCACGGACUGCGCUGCAAGGCUUGUAAGAUGAGCAUCCACCACAAGUGUGUAGACAGUAUUGGACAACAGCGUUGCAUGGGCAAGCUGCCAAAGGGAUUUCGACGGUACUACAGCUCACCACUACUCAUUCAUGAACAGUUUGGCUGCAUCAAAGAAGUGAUGCCUAUUGCCUGUGGAAAUAAGGUUGACCCUGUGUAUGAAACUCUCCGCUUUGGAACUUCCUUAGCUCAGAAAACCAAAAAGGGCAGUUCUGGAAGUGGGUCUGACUCUCCCAACAGAAACUCUACAGCUGACCUGGCAGAAGUUCCUGAGGAAGGCGAUAGCUCUGCAGGCACCCUUGACAUAAGCAGGAAACGCAGCAACAGCGUGUUUACAUACUCCGAAAAUGGCACAGAACACUUUGGAGAAGAACCAAAAAGUAUACAUUCCCCGGGACCAUUUUAUAAAAGCACGUUACAAAUGAACACCUAUGUUGCCUUGUACAAAUUUGUACCACAAGAAAAUGAAGACUUGGAGAUGAGGCCAGGGGAUAUGAUCACUCUUCUGGAAGACUCCAAUGAAGACUGGUGGAAGGGGAAAAUUGAUGACAGAACCGGAUUUUUUCCUGCUAACUUCGUUCAAAGAGUGCAACAUGAUGAGAAGAUUUACAGGUGUAUCAGGACAUUCAUCGGCUGCAAGGAACAGGGACAGAUAACUCUGAAAGAGAACCAGAUUUGUGUGACUUCUGAAAAGGAACACGAUGGCUUUAUCAAAGUAUACAGUGGGAAGAAGAAAGGCUUUGUCCCCAUAGACGUCUUAGAAAACAUCUGA